UGUAAAAACUUUGGCGGUUUCUCCGAACGUCUUUUAAUUUUGUUUUGAGGUUAGAUCAACUAUCAAAGAUAUGAUGAGCUUUCAAAUCGAUAAUAAAACUGAGAAGAACGCUGAAGAAGAAAUGGAUAAAUCGAGCGAAGCAGAGGCAAACGUAAGAAUAAAUUGCAGAACGGAAUUAACGUCUUACUUUGAAAAGAUCGAUCAUAGCAAUAAUGACAUUUAUUUUUCUGAGAUUCCAAAUAUUUGUCGCGAGGAACCAUGCCAAUUGGGCGUAGACGAAGCAGGAAGAGGUCCUGUAUUGGGUCCUAUGGUAUACGGAAUAGCUUAUGCACCAUUGUCCCAGAAGCAAUUACUCGUAGACUUAGGUUGUGCAGAUUCAAAAAGCUUAACGGAAAAUCAGAGAGAUUGUAUUUUUGAUAAAACGUGCCAAGCAAGCGAUCUAAUAGGAUGGGCCGUGGACGUGAUAUCUCCUAAUGUCAUUGCCAACAGUAUGUAUCGUCGUAGUAAAGUAUCUUUAAACGAGAUUUCCAUAAAUUCAGCAAUUGGAUUGAUCAAGCAGGCUAUUAAAGCUGGUGUAAAUGUAAAAAUACUAUACGUCGAUACAGUUGGAAAGCCAGAAAAAUAUCAAUCUCGAUUGGAAGAAAUAUUUCCAGAGUUGGAUAUCGUUGUUGCAAAAAAAGCAGAUUCUAUUUAUCCAAUUGUUAGUGCGGCAAGUAUUUGUGCCAAAGUUUGCAGAGAUCAUGCAAUACGUGCGUGGCAAUUUCGAGAAGGUUCUAACGAAAGUGAAUAUGGCAGUGGAUAUCCUAAUGAUCCGGUAACUAAGAAAUGGUUAUUAGCCAAUAUUGAUUCCAUAUUUGGCUUUCCACAGAUUGUACGUUUUAGUUGGUCUACAGCGGAAAGGGUUCUUGAAUCUAAUGCAUUAACCGUAGAGUGGGAAGAAGUAGAGAAUCCUGAAAUGCGUAAAGAGCAAAAGAUAUCUAACUUUUUUGCCAAAUCACCCUCGAAACCUUUUAAUAAGUUUCACGUUAAAAAGCAUGCUUUUUUUACAGAAAGAUGUAUCAACAAUAUUAGUACUCUAUGAUUACUGCGAGGUUACCAUCGAUGU